GGGGGUGGCUAUCAAUGCAGCACAGAGAGGUCACAUGCAGAUUAGUCUUCACACAAGUAAGACAGUCUAUCAAGGGUGAACUAGCAGCCAUGUCAUCUUUUGCCCCAGCAAGCAAGUCUUCUGAAGCAAGUAGCUUUGCUUAUGAGCCUGGCAAAGAAUUCUUUCCAGGUAUUGGUGAGAUCCAGUACAAGCCGGAUGCUCCCGCCAGUGACAUCCUCUGCUUCAAGUACUACAAUCCUCAGGAGGUGGUCAGAGGUCGGACAAUGGAGGAGUGGCUCCGGUUCUCAGUUUGCUUCUGGCACACCUUCCGAGGAACUGGGGCUGACCCAUUUGGCUACCCCACCCUCUGUCGCCCCUGGGACGAUCAGUCUGACUCCAUGGAGAAUGCCAAGAGACGACUCAGAGCUGGGUUCAAAUUCUUUAAGAAACUCGGGGUCAAGUACUGGUGCUUUCACGACAGGGAUAUCGCCCCAAUGGGAGCAGACCUGAAAACGACCAAUCAGAAUCUGGACAAGAUGGUGGACCUUGCCCUCCAGCUUCAGAAGGAGACGGGUGUCAAGUUGCUCUGGGCUACAUGUAACCUGUUUGCCCACCCCGUGUACGCGUGUGGAGCGAGCACCAAUCCUGACGCUGCCGUGUUCGCAAUGGCAGCUGCCCAGGUCAAGAAAGGACUGGAGAUUGCCAAGAAACUGAGAGCAGAGGGAUUUGUGUUUUGGGGAGGUCGUGAGGGCUACCAGUCUCUGCUCAAUACUGAUGUCAAGAGAGAGCUCGACCACAUGGGAGGAUUCUUCAAGAUGGUUGUCCAGUACAAGAAUAAGAUUGGCUUCAAUGGUCAACUGCUCAUUGAACCAAAGCCUAAGGAACCUAUGAAGCACCAGUACGACUACGAUGUUCAGACUGUGAUUGCGUUCUUGAAGACUUACAACUUGGACAAAGACUUCAAGCUGAACAUAGAGCCCAACCACACGAGCCUGGCUGGUCAUGGCUACGAGCACGACAUAGUGGUUGCUUCUGGUUAUGGGAUGCUGGGCUCCAUUGACGCCAACACAGGGUCACCUGACCUCGGCUGGGACACUGACCAGUUUCCUAUGGACGUCAAAAAUUCCACCCUCGUUGUCAAGGUGAUUCUGGAGCAAGGUGGUCUGGCUCCGGGUGGCCUCAACUUUGACUGCAAAGUGAGGAGAGAGUCCACUGCUCUGGAGGACAUGUUCAUCUCACACAUUGGUGCUAUGGACACGUUUGCUCGAGGUCUUCGGGUACAUCCCUGCAGGCACAGAACAUGUGCUUACACUAUAAUAGUUUGUGGGAACUCAGUUUGUAAAUAGAAGGGUAUGGAAAACUAGAGAGCAGUAAUUAUUUUGGGGAAAGUUGAACUGAUUUUGUUAAAUACAAGCAGCAGCUACAUGUGUACCACUAUACAGGCUACUGUGGUAGACACUGUUGAGGAGGUGUUCUCACGGCCAUUGCUCAAAGUGAGUGGUCGUUUUGUUGAUGAGGGAGACCCCAUACUGCCCAAGACCAGGAAGAAUGAACUGUCUGUUCCAGACGGAGGAAUCAAAUUG